GCAGCACACAGAUAGCCAAAUCACUUCCUGAUAUGGCACAUUUUGCAGAAUGGAGCUCAUCGCACUUCUCGUUGUCGUUUCUAUGCAGCUUUUGUGUAAAGCAGAAGGGUCCAUUGCUGUGACUCCUCUGUAUGUGAGGACCAAUGGGGAUGUGUUUCUAAAUAUUAUAGAGGCUGUUCCCAAGGACUUUACUUUUUUUGACUGGGAUUUUAAAAAAACAGUUAAAACAUUAAGAUUUCAACCUGGUAAAGAACCAAUUUUCUUUGGUAAUUACUCUGGAAGAAGUGAGUUUUUUGUGACAAAUUACUCCAUGAAACUGAGGAAUUUACAAGAUGCAGACAGUGGAGUUUAUACUGCAAAAGUGUUAAGGCUUUCAGGUGACCAAAUACUAGCUCAAUACAAUGUCACAGUUCAAGAUCCAGUGUCUCCAGUUGAACUGAAAGGGGGCUCUGUUUCUAUGAGCUCAGACUCCUGUAACUUCACUGUGACCUGCAGUGCACGGGACUCUCACAUCAACAGCACUUUUAGAUGUGUCAGCCAAACCUGCAGUCACGAGGAAGGAGAGCAAUCAAAGGUCACAACCCCUGGUGCUUCUCUCCAUGUCUACCUGUUUAAUGACUCAAUCAUCUGUAACCAAAGCAACCAUGUCAGCCAGGCAGAGGACAUCAAAAUGAUCGAACAUUUCUGCUCCCGACAUGCUGAUCCCAUAGGACACCACAAAGAUGCUGCUGUCACUGUGGUGGUUCCUGUUGUCGUCGCAUUUUUACUUCUUACCAUCAUAAUUGUUGCAGCAGUUUUUUAUCUUCGAAAGAAAGGAAAAUAUAACACAGAGUGCACUGAAAAUACAGUAUAUGAAGCUCCUCAGGUUGGAACAUCAGCAAUAACUCUAGAUAGGAGAUGGAAACCUGAUACUUCAGAUCAAUCUACAACCUCCACAUACUGCUUGGUUGGGCCUCACUCUGGAUCUUUGGGAUCCACAGAGACUAAAGGCACGACUCUGCCAGAGAGCGUGUAUGCUACGGUUGAAAAGUCAGCCAGGUCUUCAAAAAGUUAAUUAGGAACUGUAUAACAUAAACUGCACCGCUGCAAUUUCCAGUUUGUAUUUAAGUGUUGUGCAGGCUUUUAAUGUUUAGGUUUUUGUGAUGUGCUAUGGUAUGAAAAGACUGUAAAACAAUGAGGAAAUAGUGUUAACCAUCACACACAUUCAGAAGUUCUGUUCUGUGUCAGCUCAGCCAGAGGAAGACUCUAAUUAAUAUGGUAAACAGGCCCUAAAAAUGUGGAAACAUUUGAAACAACACUUAGGCGUGUGCACUGGUGUGCAGCUUUCUUUAAAAUGAUAAGGUACUAUCUUGGAGCAUUGUUUAUAAUAAUUCUCCUUAUACAUUCAAGAUCAGUGUUGAAAAGUGACAAAAAUUAAGUUACUCCUGGAGGAAGCUCAAGCUUGACAACUGGCAGUUGAGCCUUUAUGUCACUUUUCAGUUGUCAAGAUGUUUACAUUUGCCGACAUUACAGUGAAAAUGCAACACAGAAGUGUUCCCAUUAUAAAACAUACAGAAACCUCCCUGCAGUAACCACCUUUUGAAACGCAGCUCGCAUGAUCUAAAAGGUUCAGACGAAGCAGUAACUGCAAAACGAUAAAUAUUUUGUGUCAGGAUGGUGAACAUAAAAUGAUGCCUCCUUAUUUUACAAGCAACAAUUUAAAAUUUGGAAAAGGAACUUAAAGGGUCUCAAAUCAGUGGGUUGAUUUGCAGUCGUGUGCUGUAGAAUUAUUGUAUUAUCUGAAGUAUAUUUUACUUAUAUUAUUGUUUAUGAUAACUAUGAACGUUUGCUAUGUGGCUUAACUUUCAGCUAAUAUUAUUGCAACCAAAAAGAAUGAACCAUCUGAACAAAGUUUAUACAAAUCAGAUUAAAAUAUUUUAGAAAUCAU